GCCAGCUACGGAUAGCUAACGCCGAGCUAAAGCAAAACGGCUCGGUUGGUCUCGUUGACGACCGUAAAGAUCACGUCCCACCGAGAGGAUUUAUUGAUUUCAAAACGCACGACGGAUACAAACACAACGCCCCGAUAAGUGGGGAGGCCGCUCCUCUGCCCAGAUGACCGGCGCACCCCUGGGCUCAACAUGAAUCCUGUCAGCUACCAGGGCAUGUUGUCGCCAGUGAACGGGGGGCAUCCCAGUUUGGUGUUGGAUCGCGUUUUGGGCUCGUCCAACGUCAAGUGCUGUCAGAAGUGCGGAUUUGCUUCCACGGACGCCGCCGAGUUGAAGAGGCACAUGCUGGAGCACAGGGGGACGAGGUUUUACUGCUUCUACUGCAACAAAGUCUCGUUCAGCGAGGCCGAGCUAAACGCUCACCUGAAGCAGCACAGCUCCAAGUAUCCGUUUAAGUGUCCUCACUGUGGACAGGGCUACAUGCGGAGGUUGUGCCUGGUUAAGCACAUCGAUCGCUUGCAUAGUAAAAACACAAGUCAAGGUCCUGCUAAACAAAACCCCCAUGUCCCCGUCUCCAGUGCCUUAUCAAGUGUGCACACUGCUGACCCAGCAUCAGUCCGACCAGCCGUCCGGGUGACUGUACCCGUCCCGAGUGCACCUGCAGCCAGGCAGGGUCGAGACGAACUGCGAGGGAAGACACGGGAAACGAACGCGUCGCACGCCACGAAUGGCAACGCGGAUCUUCUGACCCCUUUGAAUGGACUCAUCCAGCACAACAGGGCUCUGACGGUUUCUCUUCCGGAGGAAGUAACAAUCCCCGCCGGCUGCUUGGUGGAGCUUGUCGAGGUAAAAACUGUCAAUGGGACGAAGGAGCUGAAGCUGAGGCUCGUCUCGCAACAAGAGAACGAGUCUGUGAUAAAAGAGACCAGGACCACGGUCUCUCAAAACACUGCCCUGGGAAAGCCCUUCUCAUCCUCGUUGAAUCACCCGAACGCGGUGAAGGACAUGAGCAUGGGGAUGUGCACGGUUAACAGGAAGCAGUUUGAUUCAAAGACUAUGAAUGCGGAGCGCCCCGCUGUUUGUCCAGUGAAUAUUUCGAAAAACAUCCCAAGUCACGUAAACAAAGAAAAAGCUGGAUUUAAGAGAGCGUCGCAGGAAAUAAUCAACUUGGAAAGUCACACGGUCAUUCCAAACAAGGUUCCCAAAAGCAUCCUGAAUCCUGUAAGAGAGGGCAACGGUGGGGUCAAAGAUACGCAGAGCGAGCCGGCGAACCACGGUGCAGCGCUGCCCUCCGUUAUCUGCAACAGGGCUGGCCAACGGUUUACGAGCGCCCUGCAUCCAGACAUCAUGGGCUCAUGUGUUUCUCAGAGGGCCGGGGACGAGAGGAAGAAUUUAAUUCCAGAGCAUUCCAACAGCAUCCCACCCAGGAGGGCGAGUGACGCAAAGAUCACUCAUCGAGAUGUGAAGCUGGAACCAGGCGUGAUAAGCCUCAAGAACGACACCGCUUCAAAAAUAAAGACAGAGGAAGUGGGCUCGAACCAGCAACACUCUUCUUGUCCUUCCUUGAGUGUCCUCUUGGCGGCAUCUGCCCAAGUGAGACCGUCGGCGAUUCUAGUUUGCAAGGAUACCGUUUCAAGUCCGUCGUUUUCAAACCCCAGAAGUCUAAAUGAGCCUUCGUCGGUGAAAAAAAGGGUGCUUUCCACCCGCAAAGGUCCAAAGAUGUCGACGUGGACCCAGGAAGUCGGAUCCGGGGAGAGAGCAGGAGACGCGCUGGAGCCCGAGGGUUUUCCCGUCAUCUCCUCUGUGUUUUCGCUCAGCCAACAACCAGAGGACGUCCAAGGCGCCAUGCAACCGCUGGUCAUGGCGCUGCGUGGUAUAGUGAUGGAUAAAAGUAACGGUCCUAGUAGCAGAACUCAAGAUCACGUCAAGGUAACAAACGGCACGGACCUGGCGAAGGAGGCGCUGGCGUCCUGUGCUCAGGUGGACACAAAAGAUGGGUCCAUCAUCCACAAGCUUUUAUUAGCAGAGCGGGCCGGUAGCACAACUCAAGAUCACGUCAAGGUAACAAACGGCACGGAGCUGUCGAAGGAGGUGUUGGCGUCCGUUGCUCAGGUGGACACAAAAGAUGGAUCCAUCAUCCAGAAACUUUUAUUAGCAGAGCGGGCCGGUAACACAAAUCAAGAUCACGCCAAGGUAACAAACGGCACGGAGCUGUCGAAGGAGGAGCUGGCGUCCUGUGCUCAGGUGGACACAAAAGAUGGAUCCAUCAUCCACAAGCUUUUAUUGACCAAGCGGAUCGGUGAGACUCUCAAAGUGGAGGCCAAAGAGGAUAAAGGUAAUCAGCACCCUCCUGCGCCGACCCACAACCACAUCAAGAAGGAGAAACCAAGCACUACUACUAAGACGACGGACAGUAAGAAACGCCGUUGCACUCCCGCGUCAAAAUCUUCAAGAGAUGGGGUAUCUGUUUUCCAAAUUGCCGGCGCACAUGUGGCUGCAGAGCCGCUCCAGCAAAUAGCCAAAGGCGAGCACGACAUCUCAAAGUUUCUGACUGUCUCGCUGAAACGGGUACAAGUAGGCCUGUGGAAAAAGAACAAGAAGGGGCUGAAACUUAGAAUAUCCAAAUACAAGAUUCAGGUACCGAUGGGCGGUCUAACCGACUGCACGGUUAUAUACCCGAUGCCGCUGAAGUCGGACCAACUGGUGACGCGGCCGAGCCCCUACCAGCCCGUGGUGGUGCUCAAUCACCCGAAGCCCCGGGCCUCCGUUCAGGGCGCGAGACCGGACACUGUAGCGGACACGCCGGAGUCCGUGCUGGCGCCAAAGUGCCAAAUCUUAAAAAUGAGGCUGAGCAAAGUGAUGGGGCAGAAGUACGAGGUGAUGGGGUGCACCGUCGGCGUCUUCCCGUGACUCUUAUCCGCGGACGUAUCGCUGCACGUGAGUGCACGUUUAGGAGAAAACGACUAGUAUUACAACGGCGGGGAGACGUCGACUUAAAGAAAGACAAAACAUGAUGGAGCGUGAGAUUUUAAAAACAAUGGACCUCUUGAUUAUCAUUGUGUUACACGUUUGUUGUUUAUAUAGGCAUGGAAUGUGGAAUAUUCAAGUGCAAUGCAGUCUGACUGCUUUGAGUCCCAGAACAUCUGCUUUAGUAGACUGCGUUCACUCAUACGCAGAUGUUGAGUACGGUUACAGAAACGUUCGGGAAACUAGUAGAUCUGUCAGAGUCGAGGCAUAAAUGCAUGUGUUGUUUACUUAAAUAGGAUAACAUACUGUAUUUAUUUUUGUUUUUUUGUUAUCAGAAAUGUUUUGCUGUUAAUCUGGAUCCUCUAAGACACAAGCUGAAUUAGGGGCAGUACACCUGAGUGUCAACUCCAAAUACAAACAAUGUCAUAAAGAUGCAGAACAUGCAUGGCUCCAAAUUGAAUGAUGGGGGAAGAAAUCGAUAGUAGAAGUAAUGCGGAAAUGUUUGGUUUGUGAGGUCUAUUAUGGGGGCGAAGCCUCAUGCAACAUUUAGCACAAAUAAUAUACAAUGCAAGAAAUGUCUUAGUCAAAGUAUGAAUCCCUGUUUUUCUGGGGGGGUUUUUAAUGCUCAAAUUAACAGAACAGUCCGAGGCGAAGAAAACAAAUGUGUUUCCGGCCGCCGUAUUUGGACAGAGAGCACUUCUUCCUUUUGUUUCCUUUGAUGAAGUUGUCUGAUUAUGUUGCAUCCAACAAGUCAAUUUAACACUUGCCUUAAAACUGAUCAAUAAGGCACGUCCGAGAAAUCCGCCUCACUUCGAGAUGACGGCCAGUGUGAUGUGUGCAGCACUCGGUAUAGGUCAGUAGUGUACAGGUGCAUUCAGGCACUCUCUGCGUCGCUGUGUUGUAUUUAUUUGGUCAACAGUCACUGGUAAAGUGAACUGGACCAUUGAGAGAGAAAAAAAGAACACUACACUGUGUAAAUAAUGGAAGCUGGGCGCGCACACACACACACACACUACUGUUUGUUAUUGUUAUCAGUUUGAAUGUUUUUUAAAUCACUGGGUGUUGCAGAGAAAUAGACAUGAUGUUUGCCAGUUGUCCUUCAUGUGUUGUGUGAAGUUAAAUGUCUCGGUUGUACUGUAAACUUGGAUUGUGCCCCAGUUUCUCACCAGUAUUUACCACUCUGCUGGCCUUUUCUCGGUGACGCACCCUAAUUCAGACUUUACCGGUUGACGACGAGUGCCUGAACGCACCGCGAGUCUUGGUGUCUGCCAGGCCGGAGGUAACGGCAAAACUUUUGACUACUCUUAAUUCUUCAAGAAUUGUUCUGCUAUUUUUUUAUUCACUUUUUUAAUUUUUUCAGUCUCUGUUUUUGUUAUUCUUGUCCCAUUUGGUUGUUUUCAUGAAUAUUCUACAUGUAAUCCAUCGCAGAUAUUUUCUUUUGAUUAACUUAUUGGAGGUAACGGUCCCAGAAACAAGUGUUAACGCCAUCUUCAUGUGACGCCUCUUUGCAGCACCUUUUUAAACGGUGGUCCAAAAUAGAGCAGGUCCCAAACUGGUUUAUGACUGGUCCAGAAAGCCACAUGCUUUUAUUUGAUCUGGUGUACAUACUAAGUGACUGUGGUGAUUCUGAGAACCUGUUAAAACCAUCGUCUUUCCUGAUGCGUUACAGAACUGUUACGGUUCUUGCGACAGCAGUACAUGUGUGUUUUUAAUCGGUAACCAUGAUGUAUGAGGUGCUAGACCUAUCAAUUAGUAGGUUUCGGUUGCCCAGUUUUCACUGUAUAUAUACGUUUCAAUCAUUCGCAGAUUUUAUUGUGUACAUACCUAUAAAUAUCAAAUGUGAUAGCUGUUGUUCAUACUGUGUAGGGAAUGGUUAUCGUUCCACAGCCUCUUCAGCAAAAGCAGUUAUGUUGUGCUUUACCUUCAUAGCACUGCAGAGUCAGGAGCUGACGUAUUUUAUUGUUUGUUAUAUAAAUAUAUAUUAUUAUUAUUAUUAUUAUUUUAAAGGUGUUUAAGGGCAUGCCAGUUCUCUCUGAAUGUUUCUUUGCCUUCCAUUCACCUCUCAUUUGUGUUUUUUUUUUUACCUGUUUGACGUCCCUUUUCAAGCUUGUUUUUUGUUUUUAUUCUUUUUUUGUUUUAUAUCG